GCCACCGCGCUCGGGCAGGCUGGUGCGGCGGUGAACUCCUGCGGACGCCGGGACCUGGUCGCACGCUCGCACCCGAAGGAGCCCGCACAGCGAGCGAUGAAGCGCCCUGGGGAGCCGCCCGAGCCCGCUGAGGUCAAGCCCGCCGUCCCGCCGCCUGCACCGCCCCCUCCCCCGCCUCCGCUCCCUCCCUCCCGCCCGGCGGCGCCCGCGGCCGCUCGGGGCUCGACGAACAUGGCGGCGGCGGGGAUCGGGCGGGACACUUUACCUGAGCACUGGUCCUACGGCGUGUGUCGCGACGGCCGCGUCUUCUUCAUCAAUGACCAGCUCCGCUGCACGACCUGGCUGCACCCGCGCACCGGAGAGCCCGUCAACUCCGGCCACAUGAUCCGCUCAGAUCUGCCCCGCGGCUGGGAAGAGGGCUUCACGGAGGAGGGCGCCAGCUACUUCAUCGACCAUAACCAGCAGACCACAGCGUUCAGGCAUCCUGUGAGUGGGCAGUUUUCUCCAGAAAACAGUGAAUUCAUUCUUCAAGAAGAGCCAAAUCCACAUAUGUCGAAGCAAGAGAGAAACCAAAGACCGUCCAGCAUGGUCAGCGAAACGUCCACAACUGGGACCACCUCCACCGUGGAGGCCAGGCCUGGCCCCAGGAUCAUCAAGUCCAGCAAUAAAGUGCACAGCUUCGGGAAGAGGGACCAGGCCAUUCGGAGGAACCCCAAUGUUCCGGUGGUGGUGAGGGGCUGGCUGCACAAGCAGGACAGCUCUGGGAUGAGGCUGUGGAAGAGGAGGUGGUUCGUGCUUGCUGAUUAUUGCUUGUUUUACUAUAAAGACAGCCGAGAAGAAGUGGUUCUUGGGAGCAUCCCUCUGCCCAGCUACGUGAUAUCGCCUGUGGGCCCUGAGGACCGCAUAAGUCGCAAGUAUUCCUUUAAGGCUGUGCAUGCGGGGAUGCGAGCGCUCAUCUAUAACAGCUCCACCGAGCAGUCGGGCAUGAGGACCUACUACUUCAGUGCUGACACCCUGGAGGACAUGAACGCUUGGAUCAGGGCCAUGAACCAGGCUGCACAGGUGCUGUCUCGGUCGUCACUAAAGAGGGACAUAGAGAAGCUGGAGCGGCAGGCAGUCCCCCAGACCAACCAUGCAGAGCCCUGUCGUGAGUGUGGCCGCAUAGGACCCGGACAUUCAAGGGAUUGUCCUCAUCGCCGCCACGAGGACUCCUUUGGCUUCGAGGGGCGGGGGCAAGAGGAAGAACGGUACCGGUCCCACCCAGUGGAGGGCAAGAGGGACAGGAGCAAGUCCAGGUCCCCGUACUCGCCAGUCGAGGAGGAUGCCUUGUAUGUGGAUUUACCUGGUGGCUCGAGAGGCCAGCAGGCACAACCCCAGCGGGCAGAGAAGAACGGCAUCGCAUAUGGCCCAGGAGAGCAGAACGGGACUGGCACAUACCAGAGGGCCUUUCCUCCCAGGACCAGCCAUGAGAAGCACAGCCAGAGGAAGAGCAGCCUGGCCCAGGUGGAGCACUGGGCAAAGUCCCAGAAGGGGGAUGGCAGGAGCCUGCCUCUGGACCAGACCCUUCCUCGCCAGGGUCCCAGCCAGUCCCUGUCCUUCCCAGAAAACUACCAGACUCUUCCCAGAAGUACCCGGCACCCCUCAGGGGGCUCCUCGCCUCCUCCCCGCAACCUGCCGAGUGACUACAAGUACGCCCAGGACCGAGCCAGCCACCUGAAGAUGUCCAAUGAGGAGCGCCGGGCCCACCGGGAUGGCACCGUGUGGCAGCUCUACGAGUGGCAGCAACGGCAGCAGUUCCGGCAUGGCAGCCCCACGGCGCCCAUCGCAGCGGGCUCCCCAGAGUUCGCCGACCAGGGCCGGAGCAGGAGCAUGCUGGAGGUGCCCCGCUCUAUCUCAGUGCCUCCAUCUCCCUCGGACAUCCCUCCCCCGGGGCCCCCGAGGGCCUUCCCACCCCGGCGGCCACACACACCAGCAGAGAGGGUCACUGUGAAGCCACCCGACCAGAGGAGGAGUGUGGACAUCUCACUGGGGGGUUCUCCCAGGAAGGCGUGGGGCCAUGCCACCAAGAGCUCCUCUCACGUGGACCGCCGCUCCAUGCCCUCCUUGGGUUACAUGACCCACACUGUCAGCGCUCCCAGUUUACACGGAAAAUCGGCCGAUGAUACCUACCUCCAGCUGAAGAAAGACCUGGAGUACCUGGACCUAAAGAUGACAGGCCGGGACCUCCUCAAGGAUCGAAGCCUCAAGCCAGUGAAGAUUGCUGAGAGUGACGUUGACGUUAAACUGAGCGUCUUCUGUGAACAAGACAGGAUCCUCCAGGACUUGGAAGACAAGAUACGAGCCCUCAAGGAGAACAAAGACCAGCUGGAGUCCGUGCUGGAGGUGCUGCACCGGCAGAUGGAGCAGUACCGAGACCAGCCCCAGCACCUGGAGAAGAUCGCCUACCAGCAGAGGCUGCUGCAGGAGGACCUCGUCCACAUCCGGGCGGAGCUCUCCAGAGAGUCCACUGAGAUGGAGAACGCCUGGAAUGAGUACCUGAAGCUGGAGAGCGACGUGGAGCAGCUGAAGCAGACCCUGCAGGAGCGCCACAGAAGGGCCUUUUUUUUCCAGGAGAAGUCACAGAUACAGAAGGAUCUCUGGAGGAUUGAAGACGUCAUUGCAGGCCUGAGUGCGAAUAAAGAGAACUUCAGAAUCCUGGUGGACUCAGUCAAGAAUCCGGAGAGAAAAACGGUGCCUUUGUUUCCUCACCCGCCUGUGCCUUCGCUCUCGACUUUGGAGAGCAAGCCGCCCCCGCAGCCCAGCCCGCCCACCAGCCCUGUGCGGACCCCUCUGGAGGUUCGACUCUUCCCCCAGCUGCAAACCUACGUGCCGUACCGACCUCACCCACCCCAGCUGAGGAAGGUGACGUCUCCUCUUCAGUCACCAACCAAGACGAAGCCCAAAGUUGAGGACCAGGCACCCCCGAGGCCCCCACUCCCUGAGCUCUACAGCCCCGAGGACCAGCCCCCGGCCGUGCCACCUCUGCCCAGGGAGGCCACCGUCAUCCGGCACACCUCAGUGAGGGGCCUCAAGCGGCAGUCGGACGAGAGGAAGCGGGACCGGGAGCAGGGGCAGUGUGUGAACGGGGACUCGAGGGUGGAGCUCCGGUCAUACGUUAGUGAGCCUGAGCUGACGACUUUCAGUGGGGACGUGGCCCAGCCCUCCUUGGGACUUGUGGGCUCUGACAGCAGGUACCAGACGCUGCCAGGCAGAGGGCUCUCGGGGUCCACAUCAAGGCUCCAGCAGUCGUCCACCAUUGCUCCCUACGUCACCCUCCGGAGGGGUCUGAAUGCCGAAAGCAGCAAGAUGACCUUCCCUAGACCCAAGAGUGCCUUGGAGCGCCUGUACUCAGGGGACCACCAGCGAAGCAAGAUGAGUGCGGAGGAGCAGCUGGAGCGCAUGAAGCGGCACCAGAAGGCCCUGGUCCGGGAGCGCAAGAGGACGCUGAGCCAAGGAGAGAGGACGAGCCUGCCCUCAUCUCGCUACCUCAGCCACCCGCUCCCCGGAGAUCUCGGCUCAUGGAAGCGUGAGCAGGACUUUGACCUGCAGUUGCUGGACCGCGUCGUGCAAGGGGAGAGAAAGGACGAGGAGGAUGGCUGGUUGAAAGUACGGGCCAUGCCCGUCACUGAGCUGGACCUGGAACCGCAAGACUAUGACUUGGACAUCAGCAGAGAGCUGUCUAAACCAGAGAAGGUCUCUAUCCCUGAGCGUUAUGUGGAGCUGGAUCCCGAAGAGCCGCCCAGCCUGGAGGAGCUGCAGGCGCGGUACCGCAAAGCCGAGAAGAUCCGCAACAUUCUCGCCCGGUCCAGCAUGUGCAACCUGCAGCCGACCUCCGGCCAGGACCGCAACAGUGUGGCCGACCUGGACACACAGCUGCAGGAGCAGGAGCGCAUCAUCAACAUCUCCUACGCUCUGGCCUCCGAGGCCUCCCAGCGCAGCAAGCAGGUGGCAGCGCAGCAGCUGGCCCUCCUCCCGCCUAAAGCCCCCCUGUCCUCCAGGACGGUGCCACCCUACCCCCCCUUAAGCAACGGACUCCACUACACCUUUGUCUAACACCUUUCAACCCAGGCAGUGACUGACCCGUGACCCAGCGUGCGGAGGAGGAGUCUGGAGCCAGGGGUCCAGUGGAACCAGCUUCCUCCAAGAGAAGACGGACUUCUCUUCCCCCAACGAGUCCCCUUCCGGCUGAAGGGGGUGCCGGCUGGGGGAGGGAACAGCCCACCGGCUGCCGGUGUCCACCGCAGGCCUGGGCCCCCUCCCCACCUUGUUAGUUCAGACUCCUUUUUACAUGUGACAAACGCACUUUUGAUACACACUGUAAAAUACUGACACUGUAUUUUAGAAUCAGAAUAUAUUUUAUAAUGUUCACCUCAAGGGCUGAGUGGCUGGAGAGCUGAGGAUGCAGGAUUUGGGGCUGCACGUAGAAAUUCAGGUACUGGCGGGUGGGGGGUGUGAGUGUGGGGAGAAAGGCAGGGCAAGUGGAGGCCAGUCCACAAUCCGAGGACUCAGGUGAAGGUUGAAUUUGAGAAUGUGCUUCCAGUGGACUCCAGCGUUAGGGUCGUCGGCGCGCCUUCUCGGGGAAGAGGGGUCCCGUGGCUGCAGAGAUCUCCUCGGCCAGCCUGAGGACCGGCUCUGCAGUGUGGAACUCCGCCAGGACAACCCGCGGAGCCCGAGUCUGUGCCUUGGCCCCUGGGUUUGGUUUCCGGGCAACAGUGUUCGAGGGCUUUGGCUCCCAACUCGACCGUGAGGUUCUCUCAGCGAAGGGCUCUUCUCAGAAAGACAAAUGCAGUUGCUUUAAUUUUAAAAAAUACACAUAGAAAUAUAGGAAAGAUGAGAGGAAACACCUUUUGUUGUAUCCUAAGCAAUAAACUCCACACUGGGUGGCAUCUACCUAAACCUGCUUGACUCCCCACUGGGCUGUGGUGGGGACCCAGGGGCCUUUGCCGCCUGCCUCUGGAGCGGUCCCAGGACUCGGUCUGGUGGCAAGACAACUGGCAGUGUGCCCUGCUGCCCCUGACGGCCAGCAGCCAGCGGGGCCAGGACGGCAGGACCUUGACUCGACUUCCAGCUCAAAAGGAGGGGGCAGCCAAGCUGGGCCCAGCGUCUGUGGCCCUUUAUUCAAUGAGCUCAUGACAUUCUGCAUACGGAAAAUGAUGUUUAAAGGAAAACAACAACAACAAAAAACUCCAUCGGGUGGAGCCACACUUUAGAUGAAAAUUUGUCUUUGACUAUGGUUGGAAAAAAAAAUCUUGAAUAUAUUUAGAAGUUGCUGUCUAUUUUUAACUAACUCCAUAUGCUGCCAGUAUCAACUUCAUGACAUUUGCCAAAAUAAGAUUUUAUUUUUGCCUUUAUAAGAUUUUGUUGGAAAAAUGAAAUGAAUAUUUUGCAAGAAAAUGUUAAUUUAAAUAAAAGUGUAAUGGUUUGCAAAAAAAUGUGAUGUACAGAUUAAAAUAUUAACCUGAUA